ACCGGCUGGUCGCACUCUUCUCAUCGCGCUCUUGUAUUUUCUGUGCAUCAUCUGUACGUAAGCACGUGGCACACCACGCCGAGAAAUAAAAUAUCGUCCCAAGGGAUCGAAAACAAAAUCGGAAGUUUCUUUCCUCCGCACGGAGUCUCAUUGGCCCAAUCCUUUCUCCGCGGCCCGUUCUCGCGUUAGUGAGAACGUACCUUAACGCGUCUAAUAACCUAGGGAAAGAAAUUCCCAAAAGUGACGCUGCACCAAUAAAAUACAUAAAUUAAAGCAACACAAGUAAGUAUUUCUAUAUAUAUAUAGCUUUAUUUAAUGUUGUAUCAACCAUCGGGGAUUAUUAGCGAUAAGUCAAAUCUAAUCGUGCUGUAACUGUACGAGGAAUAUCAUCUUUAGGUUCUUUUAUUCGCAGUUUUCAUUUAUCACCCAAAACCAUGGUUAUUCCUGUUGGUAGUAAAUUACCAUCGGUGGAUCUUUCCGAAGGUGUGCCACAUAAUAAAGUUAAUCUAGCUAAAUUAAGCUUAGGAAAGAAAAUUAUUAUUUUUGGUGUACCUGGUGCUUUCACUCCUGGUUGUUCAAAGACUCAUUUACCUGGUUACCUUAAAAAACUUGAGGAAUUUAAAAGUAAAGGAAUCAGUGAUAUUUGUUGUGUAAGUGUUAAUGAUACUUUCGUCAUGAAUGCUUGGGGUGAAGAUCAGGGCUCAAUAGGAAAGAUAAGAAUGCUAGCAGAUAUAGAUGGUUCAUUCACAGAUGCUUUGGAUUUGUCAGUAGAUAUAGAAGUUUUAGGUGGUAAACGAAGCAAACGUUAUUCCAUGAUUGUCGAAAAUGGAAUUGUAAAAGAAGUCAACGUAGAACCGGAUAACACUGGACUUUCCUGCUCGUUAGCUGAACACAUUAAACUAUAAAAAAUAUGAGAAAAUGAUCUCAUAUUCUAUUAUAAUUAUUAUUACUAUAACUUUCUUCAAUUA